CUAAGAGCCAGCUCCGCCCUCAGACUGGGAGAUCAGGUGUUGUGUCCAGGAGCUGCUGCGUUUAAUAAAUCCUGUUUCAGCAGUGCAGAGACCGGCCAGACUGAUACACUGAGACAUGGCUGGAAAGACAGCACUGAUCGUCUACGCCCAUCAGAGUCCGAGUUCGUUUAAUGCAGCUGCGAAGGAUGCAGCUGUGCAGACGCUGACUGCACAGGGCUAUAAAGUCCUCGUGUCUGAUCUCUACACCAUGAAGUUCCAGCCCUCAGCAACAGCAGCAGAUAUCAAAGGUGAUCUGAAGGACCCUGAACACUUCGUCUAUAAUGACGAGGCCUGUGCUGCCUGGAAGGAGGGGAGACUGAGUGAUGACAUCAAAGAAGAACACAACAAGCUGCUGGAGGCUGAUCUUGUCAUCUUUCAGUUCCCGAUGUACUGGUUCAGUGUGCCAGGUAUAAUGAAAGGCUGGAUUGACCGAGUUCUAACUCAAGGAUUUGCCUUCAGUCUGCAGAACAUGUAUGACAAUGGCAUAUUUAAGGAUAAAAAGGCUCUUCUAUCAUUCACUACUGGAGGCCCAGAGUCUAUGUACCUUCCUGACGGCAUUAAUGGAGACAUCAAUAUUAUGCUGUAUCCCUUACAGAGUGGAGUUCUGCACUUCUGUGGGUUUCAGGUUCUGGCUCCUCAGAUCUUCUGGAGUGUGGCACACACCCCUCCAGAUGCCAGGAAAGCCCUGUUACAGGCCUGGCAGACCAGACUGAAGGGUAUAAUGGAGGAGCAGCCUCUGAGCUUUGCUCCCACGGAGCUUUUCGACCUCACCUUCCAGGGAGGGUUCAGACUGCGGCCCGAGGUGAAAGAGGCACGUGCUGUUCAGCCCUACGGCCUCACCCCAGGGCACCAUCUCGGGAAACGGCUCCCUCCUGACAACCAGACCAAGCCAGCACCUCGGGACUGAGCAGCAGCUGAGACUGAAGUUCAUUAGAAAGCCUAGCUGAUGAAUUGACCUGUAGAAAAACUGGUCGGCAGUUGUUUUGGUACAGAUGUGAAAUCUCAUUUUCUAUAAAGAAUAAUAAUUUUAAAAACUGUACCCAAUACCAGGGUGUAGGUGAUUGUCGGAGUACUGUACAUUUUCCAUAACUUCUAAUAUCUAAUAUAUUCAUUCUGUAAUAAUUGUAAAUUUAAUUUCUAUUUAGAGUAAUGUAAAAACAUCAAACCAAUACACUCUAAUGCACUGCUUACAGAACUCUGAUUAAAGAAUAUGCAACAAAAUUCUAACAUGA